AUGUCGACCCCCGUCGCGCCUCCGCCCGCGGACGCCGAUCUGAGCAAGACGGCUGAGCCCAAUACGCCUGGAGCUUCCGUUGGCCGCAAACGCAAGGCCAAGGGACCCGCGACGCCGAUUCCCGCACCCCGCGAAAACAGCGAAAAAGACACUUCGGCGCACACCAACAAGCGCAAAAAGCCCCGGAGUCGCAUGCAGCACGACACGAGCAUGUCUGCGCUUGGGUUCGGCAGUGCCGACCUGAGCAGCCCGAUGUGGCAGACGAUCGUUGCAUUCCGCGCGCCGCACGGCAAGGCAUUUGACCGCGUGCUCGACGCUGGCUUCACGCUCGCGAGCGUGAAGCGCAUGGUGUCGGACAAGUACCGCAUUGCGAGCGGCGUGCCAAUCCACCUUUCGUACGAAGCCGCAGACGGCACGCACAUCGACUUGGACGACAGCGAGGACUUCCGCGCUUUCCAAGUGCACGCUGCGCGCGAGUCCAUCAUUACCGUGUUUAUUGACGUGCCGGAGAGCCAAAUGUUUACUGCUCCCGAGGCGCCUGCCGCAUCGCCCGCCAAGGCGCGGGGCCGCCGUGGGCGUGGCGCGGCCCGCACCGACGAGGGAGACGAGACGACGAACGAGGCAGAGGCGACCGAAGUCUCACAGCUUGUCGAUGUCCCCCAGCCCGAGGCCGAGGCGCAGUCUACUCCUGCGAAGCGCGGGCGCAAGCGCAAGGUAGACCAGCCGCCCGCACCCGCGUCCGCAUCCGCACCCGAGGCGCAGCCGGAAGCGCCUGCGCCUACGCCUACGCCUGCGCCUGCGCCUGUGCCUGCGCCUGCGCCCGAGGCAGAAGACGACGAGGAGGAGGACGUUCCGCUGUCGUCGCAGGCGACCGCGCCGCCCUCUUCUCAGCCCGAAGGGGGCGAGAAGCAAAAGCGUUCGCGCCGCACCAAGGCCGAGAUGGAGGCCUUCCGUGCGGAAAAAGCCGCGCAAAAGGCCGCCAAGGAGCAGGAGCGCGCCGAUCGCACCACCGGCGAGGCCGACACGACACAGGCCGACGAGACGGUGAUUGUGCACGAGCCGCGCAACGAUGAGCACAGCGCGGCGGCCUCGGCGGCGGUGCAGGCCCUGGUGGAGCAAGGCAUCGACGCGAUGCACCUGCGCCUGUCCGAGCUCAAGGCCAAGAAGCAGCGCAAGAAUGCCGUCGAGCGCGAGGAGCAAAAGAUGCUGGUGAAUAUGGUCAAAGGCACGAGCGUGACCCCGAGCGAGGCCGACGUUUCUUCCCGUGAGUUGGCGCGGAAUGCACAGAGAGCGGACGCUGACGCGGCUGAAAGGGAUUUAGAGACUGCACCCGAGGCGGACGAUUCGGCGAGCAGCACCGAGAGUCGCGACUACUUUUCGCAGCCCGAGUCGCAUGCGAAUUUGUCCAACUCCCAGAUCCACGGCCCCUCCCCCCGCCCCGACACGAACCCGAUGGAGAGCACGCCGCAGCGCGCGAGCCGCGCCCAGGCGGAAUCUUCGCGGCGGACCAUGUCGGGUGCCUUUACCAAACUCUCUGAGCUGCGUCCUUCGGCGCUGCGCCGCUCUUUUUCUAGGCAGGAAAGCCCCAUGUUUUCUGCGAGUGCAUCCGAGGCGAGCGCGGACGUAGGCCGCGAAACGCCGGCGACGGUGCCUGAAGCGUCCGAAGAGUCGGACUCGAGCGACGACUCGGACUCGGACUCUUCGGAUGACGAUGCGCCUGCGCCGUCGCAGCAGUCUGCCCUGCCUCCCUCGAAGCUGGCUGGUGCUAGUACCGAGGCCUCCGUCGCGGACGCGUCCAAGGCGAAAAAGAAGCGCAGCUUCUUCUCGGCGCUGAGCUGA